UGUCGGUGAGCACGGCCCGCAGCAUCGCUGUGCUGGAACAGCUCAGCGACGUGCACAGCGGCGGGCAGGACAUGGUCAUCCACCGCACCGCCGUGCCCGCGCCCGGCGCCGCCUGCAUGCUCAAGGUUGGCCCAAAGAAGGAGGUGGCUGAGUGUAAGGAGAAAUUCGCCAGCUCAGUGGAUCCCACCGUCAGCCAGACCUUUAUGUUGGACCGAGUGUUCAACCCCGAGGGGAAGUCCCUGACGCCCAUGAGGGGCUUCAAAUAUUCCAGCUGGUCCCCUCUGGGCUGUGAUGCCAACGGGAGGUGCCUGCUGGCAGCCCUGACCAUGGACAACCGCCUGACCAUCCACGCCAACCUCAACCGGCUGCAGUGGGUGCAGCUGGUGGACCUGACCGAGCUCUACGGCGAGCGCCUGCUGGAGGCCAGUUACAGACUGUGCAAGGCUGACACUCCCUGCGGGGAGCUGGGAGACUUCCCCGAGUUCCAGCGGCGCCACAGCAUGCAGGCCCCGGUGCGCAUGGAGUGGUCGGGCAUCUGCACCACCCAGCAGGUCAAGCACAACAACGAGUGCCGGGAUGUGGGCAGCGUGCUGCUGGCCGUGCUCUUCGAGAAUGGCAACAUCGCCGUGUGGCAGUUCCAGCUGCCCUUUCUGGGGAAGGAAUCCAUCACUUCCUGCAAUACCAUCGAGUCGGGAAUCAGCUCCCCCAGCGUGUUGUCCUGGUGGGAGUAUGAGCACAACAACCGGAAGAUGAGCGGGCUGAUCGUGGGGAGCGCCUACGGCCCGGUGAAGAUCAUCCCUGUCAACCUCAAGGCUGUCAAAGGCUACUUCACGCUGAGACAGCCCGUGGUCUUGUGGCAGGAGAUGGACCAGCUGCCCGUGCACAGCAUCAAAUGCAUCCCUCUCUACCACCCCUACCAGAAAUGCAGCUGCAGCCUGGUGGUGGCUGCCAGAGGCCCUUACGUGUUCUGGUGCCUCCUGCUGAUAUCCAAAGCGGGGCUGAACGUCCACAACUCCCACGUGACGGGGCUCCACUCUUUACCCAUUGUCUCCAUGACUGCAGACAAGCAGAACGGCACGGUGUACACCUGCUCCAGCGAUGGCAAGGUCAGGCAGCUCAUCCCCAUAUUCACAGACGUUGCUUUAAAGUUUGAGCACCAGCUGAUCAAGCUCUCCGAGGUGUUUGGCUGUGUCAGGACUCACGGAAUUGCUGUCAGCCCCUGCGGGGCGUACCUGGCAGUCAUCACCACCGAGGGCAUGGCCAACGGGCUGCACCCGGUCAACAAAAACUACCAAGUUCAGUUUGUCACCCUCAAGACUUUUGAGGAGGCAGCUGCACAGCUCUUAGAAUCUUCUGUUCAAAACCUUUUCCGGCAAGUGGACUUGACUGAUCUUGUACGCUGGAAAAUCUUGAAGGAUAAGCACAUUCCUCAGUUCUUACAAGAAGCACUGGAUAAAAAGAUAGAGAGCUGUGGUUCCACUUACUUCUGGAGGUUUAAGCUGUUUCUCUUGAGGAUUUUGUACCAGUCGAUGCAGAAAGCCCCCUCAGAGGUCACGUGGAAACCUUCACACGAGGAUGCCAAAAUCUUGAUAUCAGAUUCCCCUGGGAUGGGCAGCACUGAAGAUGAUCAAGAGGAAGGAACUUCGAAACAAGCCAGCAAGCAGAGCCUGGGGGACACAGGCAAAGGUGUGGACAUUGAUGACACUGCAGAGGAUUCUCUCCAUCAGUCAAGUGACACUGGAGGCCGUGAACCAAUGGUAGAAAAGCUUCUUGAAAUACAGGCACAGAUUGAGGCUGUAGAAAUGCACUUGACACGAGAACACAUGAAAAGGGUGCUGGGAGAAGUUUACCUGCACACGUGGAUUACAGAGAACACCAGCAUUCCCACCAGAGGAGUUUGUGACUUCUUAAUGUCUGACGAUGGCUACGAUGACAGAACAGCACGAGUGCUGAUUGGGCACAUCCUGAAGAAGAUGAACAAACAGACCUUCCCCGAGCACUGCAGUUUGUGCAAGGAGAUCCUGCCCUUCACGGACCGCAAACAGGCAGUCUGCUCCAACGGCCACAUCUGGCUCAGGUGCUUUCUAACCUACCAGUCCUGCCAGAGUUUGGUGUACAGGAGGUGUUUGCUUCACGACAGCAUUGCACGGCACCCAACCCCAGAAGAUCCUGAAUGGAUCAAGAGGUUAUUGCAGGGACCUUGCACCUUCUGUGAUUCUCCUGUGUUCUAGAGAAAAGCUGUGUCAAGACUGAAAGUUUUUUCUCUACUGCAUAAGCUCCUUUCAGCCUGGGAGGAUACAGACAGGAGCACAGACUCUGCUGGAGGGGGAACACCUUGUCCACAGCCCUGUAUAUAGAACAUCACAGGUUCUACAAACUCCUGACAUCCAGAGCCCAUUCCAUGCUCCAGAAACAGGAAUACACCUGGAAGAGCCAGUUUAAAGCAGCUUGGAAAUGCACCCAUGGAGCCUCAGCAGCUGGACACUGACAAGGAACUGGAGGGUUGAACAGAGUGGGAAUUGUCCUUUCUGCCUGACACUGGUGUCAGUUCCCAAAAGCUGGGAUGGAACAGCAGAGCUGCCUCUUGAAUGGUCUUGGUGGGUAGAGAAGGCUCCAGCUUGCAGUGCUCUCCUUUGCUUUUUAACCACCCUUGCAUUUGCUGUAGAACAUGGAACUCUCCAGAUAAUCCAUGGUUCCAGUGUCUUGCCCAGAGAAGCAGAUGCCAGUUACAGCCAUAUGAAAGAGUUUGGCCAGUACAUGAAUUUCACUGAAAGUCUAGAAGAGUAACUGCCUCACAAAUGUAACAGUGUUUCAGUCAGAAGGGUGAUAUUGGCUGCCUGGGUCAAAUAGGGAACAGUAAGGAUAAUUUUUAAAUAUAAUAAUUAUUAAACUAAUAGCAAUUAGCUUAAACACUAAUAUAUAUACAUAUAUAUAUAUAAUUUCCAAUGCUCUUAACUCUCUUGCCCCUUUCUUUUUCUGAUCUAAAUUCUAACUCCUUCCCAGCUCUUGCCAGUGUAUUUGCCUUUGGUUUCACUUAACCCUCUACCAAGAGGAAUUCUCUUUUCCAGGGAAACUCAGUUCCAAAAGUAUUACCAGUUAACACUACUGUCAAUUAAAUUGAGAGUCUCCCUCAUACAGCACUUAAGUUUUACACAGAUCUGACACAUGAUUUAUCACUCCCAGCUGACAGUUUUUCUUUUCACAAUAGUACAUAAAAACCCCAAAACAAACAGAACACCCCAAACCCGACCCCACCAUGGCUGACAGGCCCUAGGUAGGCCCAAGGAGGGUGGUGAAGCUCUUUGUAUAUCCCAGAAUGGUUUGGGUUGGAAGGGAUCAUAGAGCUCAUCUCAUUCCACCCCUCCCAUGGGCAAGGACACCUUCUGCUAGCCUAGGGUGCCCCAAGCC